UGCCCCCUAGAGGUGUAAGUAAGUAUUAUAUAUAUACUAUUAGAAAUAAGGCCUUAAGGAAUGCAAUUGUUUUAAAAUCUAUAUAGUGCUAUGUAUAAGUUUCAUUAAUACAAGAACUUUACUGGCUGUCAGGGCAGGCCAAGCUCUCCAUGAGAUCAUCUUGAGCAGCCAGAUACCGCCUCCUUCUGUUGGUUUUAUAAAUCUCAGUCCUCUUUUCUUCUUCCACAGGGUUGGCCAGCAUUCCCCCCCACCUCAGACUCUCCUGGGACUGGCUCAAGACUGUCUUCGGUGGCAUCUUCUUAGAGUGGUUGGGCCCGGCUGCGGAAACCCACAGCUUUUUGUGUUGUCUGCUCCCUUUUUGCUGUUUCUAGGUCUUCUGGGAGCAUGUGUGUCCUCCAGGCCUGUUCUUCAGCUCCAUGAUCUUAGGUGUUGUUUUAGGCUGUAUAUAGACUCUUGUCUGUUAUAGGGGUUUCAUCUAGUGUUGUUUUCCGCUGCAGGAAAGGGUCUGGUUAACCCUCUAGUGAUACCGGAGUGACAAUGUCAAGAGACCUGUGAUUUAAAUCAUUGUGUGGUAAUGUUAAAUUAUUGUGAAGAUGCUAUAACAGCAUCUUUACUAUAUUCCCGAGUUAAACUACCCCCCUGUAUUAAUAUGGGUCUGAUCUGACGUGUGACGUUCUGAUCCACAGUUAUGUUUCUUGAUCGUUGUUUCAUUCAAGUGUUCAUUUCUAUUUUUAUUUAAAAACUGGAAACCAUUACAACUAACUACAGGAGGUCAAAAACGCCAUUACUUUCCGUGCCUCACUGUUGCAUUAUUUAUACCAAUCUUCAUCGCAUUGAAAUAUACCAAACGUUUCCUAGAAGAAAUAUAAAGAAGUAUGAUUGAUUUUAUUUCGGAAAUGUGCCACCGGGUAAUUUUAUAACAGUGUUUUGCUUUACAGAAUUCAUAGGAAGCAUUUGGCUUGAAGUGGGCGGGGCAUAUCGCAUUAGCCAAUCGAAUGCAUUUAAAGAUGUUGAAGGGGGCGUGACAUUGUAGGAAAAUGUUUGAGCAUGUCGUACGCCAAAUAAUGCAAAUGGGUUGAGAGCUUCUUUAGUUUCGUUUUCAGAUGGAUGCGUCUGGAUCACAACAACUGUUCGAUGACUGGGAUGAUAUUAGCGACUCAGAAUUUCUCAACAUCCCUUCUGAGCAACAAAGCAUCGAGCCCCAGUGUCCUCUCAGUAGUGAAACUGAUGGUGAACACUCAGUGAACUUUGAUAGCCCCUGUGCGUCCACCUCAUCUGUACACAACAGGAAUGAAGAGGCUUUGGGACAAGAAACAGUAAAAACAGAAACUGUGAGAGGUUUAAAGAGAAAGAGCCUACAUGGAAACAGCUUUAGCCCAAUGCAACGCUUCUUCAAGCGGCAUCUGAGCGUGACCCUCCUGUGUGAACAGUCUUGGUGUGAGAUGAAGACUGUUUACAGUCUUUUAAAGCCAUUUGUCAAGAGAAGGGAAAUGCAACGUGCUGAGGUGCAGAUCGGAAAAGAAAUUCAUUUAUCAAGAGAAAAGGAGAUUCAGGACGUUGUCCCUGUAGAUAUCUUGACUAGAGAAGAUGCAGAAGCCAUCAAACUUCUCAAUAUGUUGCACAUGAUCCCGCUGUUGGAAGCAGGAGAACGUGUGCGAGAGUUUCCUGUGUUUGGUGUGCUGGAAGGUGUUUUUGUCUUGGGGGUCAUUGAUGAACUCAUGUAUAACCAGAAGGGGGAGCUGGUCCUGAACGAGCUCAAGACACGCAAACAGAACUCCUUGCCUAGUUCUGCACAAGAUAAAGUCAACUGCUUCCAGCUCUGUGAGGCAGCUCUGAGUCACGGUUACCUCCCUGUGAUCUUCAACCGCCGGAGUCAAAACGGGACGCCACUGUGUACUGUGAAGCUGCAGCAGUUUGGUGACCCGACUGACCUGAGGGAAGCGGUGCGCUACAUUCGGUACCGACAGCCAGCAGGCCAGAUCUAUGCCGUGAGUGAGAGCACCGGUUCAGGACUCUUGCUGUCCUAUUUGGGGGAGUGCGGCUCCUCCAGCUAUGUGACUGCUGCAGCCUGCCUGUCUCCUGUUUUUCGCUGCCAGAGCUGGUUUGAAAGUGGCCCGACCUGGCUGUUCCACUGGGCUCUCCUGCUUUACCAAAAAAUCUGCCUCAGCAGGUAUAAAACGGUGCUCGGGGAGCUUGUCCACACAGACAACUUAUUCUCCAGCUGCUCUUUGAAGGCAAUGGAGGAGGCACUGUUCUGUCAUUCAGGUUUAAAAGGGACGACGACGGAGGGAGCAGGUAGCUGGGAGGUGUAUUGGGAACAUAACGACCCACUGAGGGACAUAGAUGAAGUGGCCAUUCCUGUGCUGUGUGUGUGCAGCCAGGACGACCCCAUCCGUGGGGACCCUCAUGCCACGCUUCCGUUAGAGCUUUUUGAGAGCAACCCACAUUUCUUCCUGCUUUUGACUAACCACGGAGGCCACUGCGGCUUCUCCACAUCAGACGAGGGCCCGAUUGUCUGGAGCCACCAGGCUGUACUGGAGUUCUUUCGGGCCACCACCGAUUUCUUUGCUGCGGAGGAGCGCGCCAAACUGGCAGCCCGACGGAGGGGUCUAAGUGGUGCUGGCAAGACUUUCCGCCAUCGCAGCGUCAGCACAUGCAAAAGACUGCCCGUCUGCACGCAUAACAUUCACACCAUUUACAACUGGCAGAGGUCCUACACCAGAUGAUGCUGUGCUCAGAGGGUCCCCAAUUUCUUUGGAAUUAUGGAGAGACUGAAAUAGCAAAGAACACUGCCAGAAAAGGUUAAAUUAGAAAGCAUUGUCUGACCUGUAGUUUGUUGCAGCCAAGAAACCAGCAGUCGAGUCAAAAUAUCUGUUUACAUUUAGGACUAUUCAGAAUUUGGACUACCACUGUCAACAGACGGACAGUGCCUGUCUUUGAGGAUGUUAAAACGCUAGAUUUUCUGUCACAAAAAUAAAUAAAACAAAUUUAAAAGCUGAAGUAGAACAUUAGAAAGGUAAAGUUACUGAAUCAUGGUUUCAAAAUUACAUAUUCAGUGGCAAAAAAAACUUUUUGAUCAGUAUUUUUGGUAUAAAAAAUCAUUUUUUUGUCUUUUUUGGUUUUAGAUAAUAAGACUUAGACAUGUCAAAUUUCUUACCAGACUGGCAGUUUUUGGCUAAUUUUUUUUUAUUAUUUAUGGUUAAAACAAGAAAAUAACAGUUUGCUAGUUUAGUAAGAAAACUAAAAACAAUUUGAUUUAGAUAACUUGAAAUAAAUUUCCUAGUCCACUGGAAUUUUUAUUUUUGUAAGAUUUGUGGUUAAAACAACAGUUUGCCCGUGGAAAAAAGUAAAAAAAAAGAAAAAAACAUAGUUCAAGAUAUAUUUUCUGAAAACA